CCUUAGAUGUUAAUUAGCACACAACACACUCCAUCCCCGAACAAUAAACACUCGUAAUCAUUUAUCAAAUCAUCACCAUGGCUAUCUCAAAGAAACCCAUUGCACUUGUUGCUUUCAUAACCAUCCACCUAGUGAUGAUGAUCCACACCGUGAACUCUUCAAAAGAGGUCUCAUUCACCUUCGAAAGUUUCGAGCCGGGUGACUUGGAUAUCGUCCUCGAAGGCGAUGCCACGAUCUCAAAAGACAAUGACAUACACCUUACUGAGGUGAACGAUGCUGGUGUCCCAGCACAUAACAGCGUGGGCAGAGCCUCGUACUCUGCCCCCAUCCGUCUCUGGGACGCCAUCACUGGAGAGGUGGCAAGCAUUUCCACCUCAUUCAACUUCUUCAUUAAAGCCCCUUACGACCAGAACUCUCCCGCCGAUGGCAUCGCCUUCUUCAUCGCUCCACACGACUCAACCCUCCCUCCUGACUCCUCCGGCAGAUUCCUCGGCCUUGUUGCUGGCACCUCGGUUACUCGCGGCGGCAACUCCACCGCCGCUCGCUUCAAAGCCUCAUCAGCGGCCAGCAACAAAUUUGUUGCCGUUGAGUUCGACACCUACACGAACCAUGAGAACAAAGACCCAGAUUACAAGCACUUCGGAAUCGAUGUUAACUCCAUUAUCUCGGCAAAGUACACAGAGUGGACAUACUGGGAGAAUGGAGGAGUGGAAUCAGUGAGCAUAACCUAUGAUCCUGUCGACAAGAAGCUCAAGGUUGUUGGUGUUUAUGGGACCCACGACCGCAUCGAAUUGUCUUAUGACAUAGACUUGAAAAGCGUGCUUCCAGAGUGGGUGAAGGUAGGGUUCUCUGCCUCCACGGGAGAAAAUACGCAAGUCAACAACCUUCAAUCUUGGUCUUUCAGUUCAACCUUAGUGACCGAUGCUCCUGAAGGCCAUAUUGCUACUGUUGUGUGAUUUUAAUUGAAUAUUUGGAUCCAUCCACUAUAUAUGCAUGCCUACCUACCUACCUUCCAAUAAGGACAACCACUUAAGAACUCAGUCCAUUAUUCUUAUGAUUGAGCAUGCAUGCCUAUAUCUGUAUGUUGUUUAAUUAAGGUUGUGUUGCCUAUAUAUGUUUAGUUUGUGUCGUCAUGCUCUGGAUUAUUACAUAUGAUGUUCUAUAAAUAAAUUACUUAAUUAUGUAA